AUGGAUUUCAUAGGAGAGAUUAUAGAGCAUGAGACAGAGGCACCUAAAGAACCAACCCCAAAACCCACAAUUGGUGGAUUCCCCGAACUUAAAAAAUUAAAAGAAAAGAAAGUCUCAAGAUGGAGGCAAAAGCAACAACAGGAACAGAGCACAACUUCCCCAAAAACUACUGAAAUCCGUUCAGAGGCUUCCAAAAUUCACCAAGAAAAUAUCGAGAAGAUGGCUCAAAUGUCAGAGGAAGAGAUUUUGCAAGAGCGUGAGGAGUUACUAAAGGGUUUAGAUCCUAAAUUAAUUGAAAGUUUGAUUGGUAGAUCCAAGAAAAGGGAAGCAACAGACCAUGAACACAAUGGACAUGCUCAUGAACAUGCAGAGGGAUACCAUGGAUGGAUUGGAUCAAUGAAAACUUCUGAAGGAUUAACAGAUUUAUCUCAAUUAGAUAAGGAAGAUGUGGACCGUGCAUUGGGUAUAAGUUCAUUAUCCUUAUCUGAACCUGAGGGUGGCAGUAAUACGAAAAAAGUCGCUUUCGACGAUAAUAUCAAGACGGUUAAAUUUGAAGAUUUGGAUGAUGGAAUUGAAUUGGAUCCAAAUGGAUGGGAGGACGUUACUGAUGUCAAUGAAUUAGUUCCUAAUAAUGAUCACAUUGCACCUGACGAUUACCAGAUUAAUCCUGAUAGCGAUGAAGAAGGAUUGAAUAAUACUGUUCAUUUUACAAAACCCAAACAGCCAGAUUUGGAUAUAAAUGAUCCCGAUUUCUUUGAUAAGCUACAUGAGAAAUACUAUCCUGAUUUGCCUAAAGAAACAGAAAAGUUGUCAUGGAUGACACAGCCAAUGCCAAAACAAUUGUCUACCGUUUAUGAAUCAAUAUCUGAUAUGAGAUUUGACUUUAAAGGAGAUUUAAUUGAAUUGGGUCCAGAGGGAGAAGAACCAAAAGAUAGUUCAUCCGAAAUACCUACUUAUAUGGGACUUCAUCAUCAUUCGGAGAACCCACAUAUGGCAGGUUAUACAUUGGGUGAGUUGGCACAUUUAGCCAGAUCGACUUUAGCUGGACAAAGAUGCUUGAGCAUUCAAACAUUAGGGAGAAUCUUACAUAAAUUGGGAUUACAUAAAUACAGUAUACUACCAAAAACAGACUCAGAUGAUCAGAGUUUUACAGAUGAAAUCAAACAACUAUCACUUGACUUUGAAGAUAUGAUGUGGGACUUGAUAGACCAAUUACGAAUCAUUGAAACAAUAACAGAGGCAGCUGAUGAAAAAAAGACCAGAAACUUAUCUGUCAGAAAUUAUGCAAUAGAGGCAUUGUGGUUAUAUAGAACUGGAGGUGGAAGACCAGAGAUAACUAAACAAACCGAAGAGGAUUUGAUAGCACAAGCAGUUCAGAAAUAA